UGCUUACGAUAAUAUGUAUGUGGUAUAACGGCUGUCACGUAACUUUUAGGAUUAUUCAUUAAGCUGACCUAACGGUUCGACUUUCUUGGAUUAGUGACUGGAGAAAAGGGGCAUAAAUGGGUCGACUGGGACCAAACGUGUCCCUGUGAGGUCGUACAGAAACAGCGCGACGGGGAUCCUUAAUCGUCUCCGACACUGGGCUCGUCAAAGAAGACUUUGAAAGUCCAAAAAAAAGGACCAGCCUCAGGUUUCGACUGCAAAAGGCAGAAAAGUGCUUCGUUUUAAAACUAAUACACGGAGUAAUUGAGACAAUUAUUUUAUAAGUUCGAAUAUGCAAACCACUACUGAAUCGUCCUUCAAUAACUCAGUGAUAGGAGUAUUCUCUGAAGAUGCAAACAGCGUCCAAAAUCAUAAAGCUAUUUCAAAGUAUGAAGACUUUGGUUUUAAACUAGCAGUGAUUGCUUCCAUUGUCAGCACAGCUGUAAUUCUAUUGAUAAGCAUGGCUUUUUUAACCAAUUGUCUUAUCAAAUGUGUGAAGAAAAGUGAAAGAAGGAAACAGCAGAGAGAAUUGCAAACCUGGUACCAGAUUGAAUGUGAUGUAAUGGAAGGGUCAAGAGACUUUUUCCAUGGAUACAAAGGCAGAAACAAUAACAACAAUAAACUGUGGGAUAAUGCAUUAACAAAAGAAUUAGGAACGAAUGGAUUGGAGAACAUAGGAUUUUCCAGGUGCCAAGACAAGACCACAAAGGACUUUGAAAUCACAGCAGGUUGCAAGGAAAAUGGAUCCCAAAAAUGUUUUCAGCCAUUGAAUCCACAGGUUUCACGAAAAUGCGAAUUCACGGAGUCAGUGAUUUUAUUGGAUUCACCAACUGACAGGCACAUUGAGAUUUGUCAGUUUCAACAAUCUCAACAUAAAUCUGAUCACCAUAUUCCGAGACAUCAUCCUUGACACAGGAUUUGCUGAAUACCUGUUGGUAUAAUUAAAGCUGAGCAGACAUGGGUACAGAACAUAACCUACUUGGAAGUGACGUGUGCCUUAUGACUAUGAUUAACAUAUCAGCGGACUUGAUUUUAUUUAAAUUUUAUUGAGGAAAUGUUUAUAUUCAAAGAAAAGAAUGUUCACCAAUGACAAUCAGCCAUUUCAAGGAAUUCCUGUUUCUGUGUAUCUGUUCGAAGAUCAUGAAUAAACAUUGGCUCUAGACAGGCAUUAAUUAUUAAAUUGGAAUUUACUAUAGUGCAGUACUUGAAGCAUGGCAGUUAUUAGUUACUCCUUGGUAACUCUUCUGCAACAAUUGUAUAUAUCUUAAAGUCUGUUUAGUACAGUUGUUAAACUAAUCAUUUGCACUUAUUAGUGGCAUUUCUCAUAUACUUGCAAAUUGAGGUAAUUAAACCAUUAUUGCACUAGAUAAUUUCAGGUCUGUGAUAUUUAGGAUGAAAUUCAGCAACUUCUUUUUGUUUCCCUUUAUUUGUUGACACGAUGAGGGUGUCACUAGCUCGGCCAGCAUUUAUUGCCCAUCUCUAAUUACCAGAGCAAGCAAGUGGUUUCCUUCCCCAAAGAACAUUAGUGAACCAAAUGGGUUUUUCAUGACAAUUGGCAAUAGAUUGAUAGUCAUCAUUAGACUCCUAAUACCAGAUACUUAUUGAUUUCAAAUUCCACCAGCUGCCAUGGUGGGAUUUGAACCCAAGACCCUAGAACAUUACCUGGGUCUCUGGAUUAACAGUCCAGCAAUAAUACCACUGAGCCAUUGCCUCCCCUUGCCUCAAGAACUCUUCAUGCAGUCAUUCUACAAUCAAGACAAGAUAAAUGUCAGAAUGAUAUCAUCAAGUCCUUCCUCGUUGAAUUAACAUCGAAUAACUACAUAGAUAAUACCCUGUGUAUAAGGGAAAUCAAAAGUCGAGAUUUGAAAAUAUCUUCACAAACUGAAGCUUACACAUAGCAGUUACUGUCAAGGUAUCUUUCUGACUAUUCAUUUUGACCAUGGGAUUUUCUUAGUGUUGAAAAAGAUCUGUAUGGGCCAGCUCUGUAAAUGCUGGAUUGCUGGUCUGCACUGUUUAAGUUGCUGAAGCAAGAUUAAAUUUGAUUAUACCAGUAUUCUGCAGCAUGUGUACAAUAGAUUGUUCCAGAGUCCCUUAAAGAUCAACCCUGGGUCACCUCCUCUUUAUCCAUAUGAUAGAUCAUCAUUUAGAUAGUUGGGAUCAGUUUCUGUGUUCAUGGUGCUGAUGAACUCCAUACUCUCUACGCACCAUCUCAUUAUGCUGCAUUGUCUGUGUUAUCAGGCUGCCUGUCUAACUGGGAUGAAUUGCAAUUUUCUCCAGCUAAAUGUUAAUGAGAUUAAAGUUAUUGUGUUUGAUCUCCUGUGCCAAACUCCACUGUUGCUAUCAAUUUCAUUCACCAGAUGAUCCCACCUUACUGCCAAUUACCUUGAGCCAAGCUCAGUGUCCUGUUUGACCCUGAGCUAAGUUUUCGAUAUAUUUCGGAUCUGUGGCAAAACUGAAGCAGAUGGAGAUCAAUGUAAGUGAGGUUAUCCAAUUUGGACCAAAAAUGAAUAGAUUGGGGUAUGUUCUAGAUUGUGUGGAG